AAUUUCCAGAGAAAAGAAGUCUCAGCUCUGAUGUCACUGGAGCUCAUCAUAAGAGUCACUGGAACUGAUUCUAGUCUCAGGUAAAUGACUGCAAACUCAAAGUCGGGGGGGGGGGGAGAGAGAGAGACAGAGCAGCUUCAAUGGAUUACUUGCAAUGCAAUCCUGUGGGUUAAACCACAGAGCCUAGGUCUUGCCGAUCAGAAGGUUGGCGGUUCGAAUCCCCGCAAUGGGGUGAGCUCCCGUUGCUUGGUCCCUGCUCCUGCCAACCUAGCAGUUCAAAAGCACAUCAAAGUAUAAGUAGAUAAAUAGGUACCGCUCCGGCGGGAGGGUAAAUGGCAUUUCCGUGCACUGGUUUGCCAGAAGCGGCUUAGUCAUGCUGGCCACAUGACCCAGAAGCUGUACGCCGGCUCCCUCGGCCAGUAAAGCGAGAUGAGCGCCGCAACCCCAGAGUUGGCCACGACUGGACCUAAUGGUCAGGGGUCCCUUUACCUUUACCUUAAUCCUAUUCAUGUCUACUAAGAACUAAAUGCCAUAGAAAUCAACGGUGCUUAUUCGCAAAAACACAUUUUAUUUAUUAAAUUUAUACGCUGCCCUUCAACUGAAGAUUGCAGGGUAGUUUACGAUAUAAACACACAAAAAUACAUACCAUAAUAACAAACAAAAAGUACCCCUCCCCAAUUUAAAGGGCCUGGGGAAAGUGGGACCUAAAGAUAUGUAAUGAAGGCACCAGGUGAGCAAUACGCUCCAGCAUUUCUCUGAUGAAAACAGGGACGUCCUUUAAAAAAAUAAAAAGCUUUGUGCAUCAGCCUCUCAUCUUGCUCCUUUCUUUCAGGCUUCCCAUGGGCGUUGGGUGGACCAAAAAAUGUGUGAGCAGAGUGUUGACUUAGAUGGACCUUUGGCCUCCUCCAUCAGGGUUUUUCUUAUGCUUUUACCUCCAUCUUAAAGUAUCAAAUACACCUUUAAAUGUGCAUUUUGAGAAAAGAUGCACCUUUUUAAUACAUAUAUAUAUAGAGAGAGAAGGUUUUUCAAAGGAUUAUUAGAAAAAUGGAUCCAGAUGGAGUUGUGAGUAAUAAUACAUAUGUGAAAGUUGCAUGGACCAGAAAAAGAUAAAUCAUCCAAGCUUAAUUUUAACCCUUUGUAUCCAAAUAUAAGACACAGGGUUGUCGUCAACUCACUUUUACACAGAGUAUACCCAUUGAAAUCAAUGGGCCCAAGUUAGUCAUGACUACUCUGAGUAAAUGUGGGUUGAAAACAAGCCAUGUUUUAUAUUUAUACCCUCUCACACAAAUAUAUAUAAUUCCAUGGCAUAGCAUAUCCAUUUGGAAAAAGCAUUUAUUUGGAAUAAAUCAGUCAUGUUGACCUAGAUGGGUCAGUGUUGGGAAUCAGAAGCACAAGGGACCCAGCUAGUCAGAAUACAUUUUAAAUAAAUUACAUUAAGAUGAAAACCAUUUCCCCCCGAUUAUAGUUAUUCCCUCCUUAUUCUUAUGCAGAUUCAAAUCCACAUUUGCAAGCUCCUAAUAUGUGAAGUGUCUACUCACAAGACAGGGCCAAAUCCCCAAGGCAGCAAUAAAGCAUUUGUUCGGAAUUUUAAACAGCUGCCCAAAAUAUGAAUAGAAGUAUUUUUCAGUGAAAGUAUGCAGUGAAAGUUCCAAAGAUUCUGUUAAAUAGAAUUCAACAUGUUUCAGGUUCCAACACUUCAGCACAAAUUGAUAUAAUUGUAACCGCUGAAGGAUGCCUGCCUUCUAAGAUCUUCAAACGUUCUUCAGCAAAUGAUCUCUUUGGGAUUCUGUAAUGAUCUUAUAUUAAACCUUGGUGGAAUCAGUCAAAACAUUAUGGGAUUCCUAUUCUAAAAUACCUUCCUAAUUUGUUUUUCAAGCACUAAUAAAAUGCUCUUUUAUUCUCUUGCCAUUUAUUCACAGUAUUUUGGAAUGAUAAAUUACAUGACAACAUAAGGCCAUUUGCAGUUUUCUCUUUUGCAAUUUGUGCAAUUUUUCACCUUUGUGAAAUAAAAUUAUAUAUUAAAAAAAUGCAUAGGUGGGCCAACACAACAUCUAAACUAUCAUGCUGUUAUAUUGUACUUCCUAACUGCUCUUUUGUUCAUCAAAAGGAACCUAUAAUCAUAACAUCAAAAAGGUUCAUUCUUGUCCAGGCUUUGAUCCUGGUUAAUGUGAAAUAUUUUCUGGCCAGUCCUAAUAAAGACUGAGGUUUUUUUUUAAAAAAAAAUAUUGUGGCUGCAAUUCUGCACUGACAGUGCUUUUAUUAUUUGUGCGAAAAAUUUAACUCCAUGUUUUAUGUUUCUAUAUAGUGUGUCUUUGUAAAAAAACAGCGAAGCAGAAUAAAUAAAUAUCUAUACAUUGAUAAAAUAAUAAGAAUAGAAUAUAAUUGUUUAGACAUGAUGAUGCUGAUCUAUUUUUCUUCACUUGAAAAUAUUAUUUACUUCACUAAUAACAGCCAAAUACUAGCCAUGCUUACUUGAUAGUCAGUGCCAUUGUGGUUCGGCUUGGUAAAAGUGUGCUGGAUGGCUGUCUGAGUAAAUUACAUGUACAUUGAAUUACAGUCCAGUUCUGUUCAAGUUUAGAAAUGACAUCUGACUGAUUUCAGUGCAGCUCACUUCCCCAAGUAGGUUGAUAUAGAAUUGUAGCAUUAAUCUCAUUCACUCCAAUCUUGUGAUUUCUGAAGAGACUGGGGAAUUCUAGUGGAGAUUCCACUAUCUGUAUUCUGCAGGUUUCUUUCAUGUCAAUCUAUGGCUUAGGGCUAUGACUUUAGGGGUGGCGGCAGAGUGCAACUACCUUAUCUAGUACAAGAUCUGAAUUUCUUCCAUCUGACUGCACCCCCCCCCCCCCCAAAAAAAGCUUAUAAUAAAAUGAAAACAUGUUGCACUAUAAGCUCUUGUAUAUGAGCAUUGUGGUAAAUAGUUUCUGAACUGGGGGCCAGAAUUCCAUGCACAUCAUUUGCAGCCUUCUCGUACUUGCAAAGGGUUCAUUGCAAAAUUUGAGACAAUAGCUUCCAAAAGUAUUGGAGCUACCAGUUAAGAAGGACAAAAGAAAAUCUUUCUUUUUCCUAAUACAAGGCGGGAGGAGUAGGGAGGGGGAGAGAGAGAGAGAGAGAGAGAGAGAGAGAGAGAGAGCGCAUAGAUUCAGGAACGAUGAGCUAAAUGAGUGCCUGGCCUGACAGAUGAGGUAGAAGUGAAUUACAGCUGAGAUCAUUAUGUUUCCAGUGUUUCUGAAUCUAAAUCAGAUCUGCAAGUUGAUCUUCAUGCAGAAAGGGCCAACUUUAUUUUACAGCUGCAGGUAGCUCAUUCUUCUUCUUCUUCUUCUUCUUUGGCGAUCACUCGUAGCCGAGUAAGAUUGUCUUCCAUAAACACGCUUUUAGCAAUGACAUGACAGGGUUGAGCAUAUUCUUAAAUUGAAGAUAAUUCAAGGUUUGUAUUUACAACAUUCAUCCAAAUGCAUUCAUCCAAAUGCAAAUAUAAAGCCUAUCUUUAAAUCACCCAAAGUUUGGAGGGGCACUUUAAGAAUGAGUUAAGGGGUAGCAGGCCAGUGACUUGUGACACAAUCACCUUCCUCUCCACAAUCAUCUUCAGUAUUGUACUGGCAACAUUUGACUAGGAAAGAGCUUUGGGAUCCUGAAGGAGAGAUAUAUAGAUAUAUGUAAACCACUACUGGUAAAAUUUAUUGUGUGGACAGGCAGAGUACCCAGAUCCCGCGCGGUCCCCCCGUCAUGUGGAAUAACGACUCAUGACAGCGUGCUAUGGGAUUAAAUUGGCCACAACUUUAUUAAAUUUCAAAUGUGGGUAGACCUUCGCUCAGGCAUUGGGCGUUCUCCCUCUCCAGUCCCCAGCCGGGGACCUAGGGAGCAUCAGGGUUAUCCAGUGUGUGGGGGGGGGGGCGGCUCUGGAGAACAUAUGUUCAAGCAGAGAUAGCCGCCCCCAUUACGCCGCCGCCGCAGGGGAGAGCAAUGACAACCUUUCGGCGUACGGUCAAAGCCUCCCUUCAGAAACCCCUUUAACGGGGAACCCUGGUAUCGCCGCCGCAAAGAGGAAGAUGGACUAAAGGAUUCUGCCCAAGGCCUGAUACUGCCAAAGUUGUGACGUUUUGCUACGGGAAAGGCGAAACCUGCCAAUGCAGGGAAAUUCCUUUCCAGCCCUUUAACAGCAACCUUAACGUAGCAGCGCCCGCAUACCUGUGAAGAAAAGUUAACCUGCAAAACCUGUGAAGAAAAGUUAACCUGCAAAUAAGACAUUAACUGAGGGUGGGUAGGGUGGGAGAAGCUCUGGAGCCAAGUGAGGAUUCCCAGGUAAGAUCCUCCCUCUAUUGUGUGGGCAGGUAAUCCCUCCCCUACCUGGCCUGGUCUCCUUGGCAACGCUUCCCCCAGGUGGGAUUGGACAACUGACUGAGGUAGGCGGAGACCUCCAGGUAUCCCACCUGAGGGAAGGCAAACCAAGCCUAUGCUGUUGGAGCUGCUCCAGAUCUAGGGGCUGCGCUCGUCCACGCAAAGGGCGUCCCCCGUUUUAAGCGGGGAGCGGUCAUUACCUGCUCUUCAACCCAUGGUCUCAGGGCAGGUUACAACAAUUAAAGCACAAUAUUAAAAGCAGUUUAAAAGAACUUAAAAUCACAGAAGCUGGGUCCCAACGAGAAACAUCUCAAGCGUCAAAAGUCAGGAUAAAGAGGUGUGUCUUCAGCAUUCAUCAAAAGCUCUACAAUGAAGGUACCAGACAUACAUCUGUGGGAAGGGACUUCCACAACUUAGGGGCUGCCCCAGAGAAUGCUGUCUCCAAGGCCGCAGCCUCCUGAGGGUGGUGGAACAACCAAGAGGGUCACUUUUGCCAAUCUUAGCAACUGUAGGGAAGGUGGUGCUCUUUCAAGUAUUUGAGGGCUGAUUUAUUUAGGGCCUUAAACACUCAUGUAAGCAGCAACAAGCUGGCAGCCACUGCGACUGUUUUAUAAUGGGUUAUAUGAAAUGUAAAUGCAACUCCAGCCUGUAGUCAAUUAGCCUUUGGGACGAAUUGAAAUGCCCAAGUCAUCUUCAAGGGCAGCUCCAUGUAAAGCACAUUGUAAUAAUGCAAUCUGGAAGCUACCAGAGCAUGGAGUACAGUGGCCCAAUCAUGUCUGCCAAAAAGAGGGCAUAGCUGGCAAACUAUCAAAAACUGAGGAUGGCACUCCUAGCUACCAAGGUCACCUGACAGUGUUGAAUCCAGCAGUACCUCCAAGCGGUGGACCUGCUCCUUCAAGGGGAAUGCAAUCCUGCAGGCCAUCUCUCCGCCUCCCAGCCAUGAGCACCUAGGCCCCAUGACACCUCAGGAUUUAGCUUCAGUUGAUUGGCCCACAUCCAACCCAUCACUGCCUCUAAGAACUGGUCUGCCUCUUUUAAUUCACUUGGAAUUGAGAAAUAGAGAUGGGUGUCAACACAUUGGCUAGAUGAGGACCGGCCCAAGACAUUUUGCUGCCUGAGGUAUACAAGUUUGUACACACACAUAGCUCUGCCCAUAUCCCUGAUUAGCCUCCUGCAUCUGGUGUUUAAUAGCAGGACCGGUCCCAACUAGGAUGUAAAUCUUAGAGUGUAACUCAUUUCAAACACAUUUCACAAUAUUUCCUGCCAGGAUGAGUACUUACAUGGGGGUGGUGUGCGUGGAAGAAGAGAAACAUUGUUUGUGUGUGUUCAUUCACACAAGUUCAAGUGCAUCCUGCCCCACCCUGUUCAGAGAUGAGUUUCUUGAAACCAUAGGGAGCAUCCUGAAGUCUCCAAAGCUAUAGUGUAGAUGUAGAAAACAGUGGUGGCCCUUAGGGCCUCAAUGCUUUGUGGUGUCAAAAUUCAGCACCACCCUGCCUCUUGUCUUCCAGUGACAAUGAAACAGUUGCACUCUCCUAGAUCUGCCUCUGCGGGGAACCUGUGACCCUCGAGAUGUUGUUGGACUUCUCAUCAACCCCAAACAGGGAUGAUGGGAACUGUAGUCUAUCAACAUCUGGAGGGUCAUAGGCUCCCAAUCCUUCCCCUUGUGCAUGCACUCGUGUUAACAAAACUCUUUAAAGGUACUUGCAAAUUCCUCCCAAAAUACAAAACAGAAACAGCAGUUUACUAGGGAUAACUCCCCAAAACAGGGGCAGUUGGAGUGUAUAAUAAUUUGGUUGUGUUCCAUUACGACUGGAAGGAUUUGAUAAUUUAUAUGGGGGUCCAAGGUUCAUAAAUAAGAGCUACCAGGAAGCUACUUGGGAUGUUUGGCUGUAUAAAUCAGUUUUCUCUAUAUCAUGUUAUUUGUUGCACAUUGUACGGUGUUAUACUGCAAGGCCAAUAUUGCUAGCUGCUUCUACGUCCCUGUAUACAUAAAUCAAGAGGCAGUGUGUGAACAGUACAUAUUAAAUACAAUAUUGAUUCUACUUGCCUUCCCAAGAAUGGACGAGGGAAGCAGUUGGGUCACAGCUAUGCUGGAAUUGUUUUGACCUGACUUGGCACUGCUUGAAGAAACUCAUAAUGCAAGCAAGAGGGAAAGCAAGGGAGGAAAUGAGAAUAUGGGCUGGAGAAUUAAUGGUCUGAAGAGAGAGAGAGAGGAAACAAGAGGGGUUGAAACACAGCCAUCCAUACAGCAGGGUAGUUCAUGGAUCCACGUUAAUGUUCUCCUGAGAUUACUUUGUUUUAUUAAUGAAGAGACGGGCUGAACAAAAAAGAGAAGAAGAUGUGCCAUAAAACAAAGUCCAGAACACAAUGAGGGCAUAUAGAAGAGAAUACACAGAAUUACCAACCGAUAUGAAAAGAAACCAGCAAACUCUCUUUUUAACCUCUAGGCGUGAUGCCAGAUUUUUGCAGCUAAAAGACAGCAGUGAAUUGAUUGCCAGAAUGUCUGAGUAAAUAUGAGCAGCAUCCUGCUAUGUUUGCAUACGUGCUUCAAGUGUGCAUCCAAGCAUGUGUGCCAGGUUGUUAAGUCGGUCCCACACCGCCAUGUUUUGCACGUUUCUGCACAGGAGAUCACGCAGCGCUCAGGGAGUGGUUUUUCCAGAGCUGCCCUACGCAGGCUCUUCUGAGUCAAAGGGAGGAGCACAGCGGGUGAGGGCAGAGCAACAUAGCAAUGUCAGUUGUGAGGACCGGUUUUGUACCUGGUAUAGUGAUCACACAGGGUCCCCAAACGUUUCACCAUCCCUGUGCCACCACUUUAUUUCUCGCUGCCACCACCCAGGCCCUACCUGGUACAAUACUGAAUCCAGUCACAGUUAAAUUGGAUCAUAAACUUCUGUUUAUUUAUUGCGGUUUAACAAGCGUGUGGUUUCAUAAACGGGAUCGGUCCAUUACAAUCAUGGGGUGCCUAUCCAGACCUAUAACUUCUGCUACCUGCUCUCACUCACUAAACCACCUCUCAGAUAUUUACUUGUCUUCCUAGCUCCUUACUGUUCCUGACUCAGCUUAUUUCAUUACACUAACUCAACCUACCCACAGACUCUAUCCCAAUUCACUCCCACUCCAACCAACCACCCAACUCCCAAUGAACUCCCCCCUUCGCCCCUCCCAGAGCUGGUUUUAUAGUCCCUCUGACUCCACCCCCCUGGGUUCUGAUUGGGUAACCUGUUUAACUAUUUCACUUCCAGCAUUCUCAUAUGUUAACGUCACACCUAGCUCCUUUUGUGGCCCUGCCUCCUUUGUGCUCCGAGCUCCCACUGCCUGCUCCAGGUCCCAGAAUUUUUCACAUCAAAAAGUUGAGCGCAAUCAAAAUCUGCAAUCUGGGUUUACGGGCUUUUGCAAGGAAUAUUUAGAUAGUGUAUGUAAAGGUGUUUGAAUACCUGACCUGCCUUUGCUAAACUCAUUUAAAAUCAUCCUCAUCAUUUAUAAACAUACUGAUCUCUCCAUCUGUUUCUUAUUUUGUUUCUGUAGCUCUCUGUGUAAAUUCCUGGCCACUUCCUCCAUCAGUCUCUCCUCUUUCACGUAAGCACCUCUUUUUCUCUCUCCCAACUUCCCUUCCCCAAAUUUUGCUUGUUACCAGUCUUCCUUUUCACAGUCUCCAUUGUUUCAACAGCUCUAGAGAUGGACAUGCUUUGUAAUUGUUUUUCACUCUCCUAAUCAUUGAGAAAUGUCAUUUUUAUUCUCUCCUGGUUAACUAAGGCUGCAAUCCAGCAAAGAUUUACCUGGGAAUAAAUUUAGCUGAUCUCACCGGGAUUGACUUCUGAGUAAAUGUGUGUAGUAGGAUCGACGCUUUAUUUAUUUAAAGUGCAAUCACUAGUACAGAUUAUAUCACCUCUCUUGAAUCCCUUCCCACGUACUCCCUCCUCUUCUCUAUGCUCUGUGCAAGCUCAGUCACUAUCAAAUCUACCUUGCUCCUGUCAAUCACAAUCACACCUUUACACCUUCUGCCAUGCUGGGCCCCGGUGUUUAAAAGAGCCUUGUCUCUUUGUUUGCUAAAUGGCUUCUCUUUCCCUUGUUCAAAUUUUACUUCUGCCAUGAACUCAAUAUAGGUAAACCCUAUCUUAAUAUAGAUAAACCCUUUGGCACUACGGAGAUCAUAAUAUUUAUAUAUCUGUGUUGAGGUUUACUGAGAUAAUUGCAGUAAUUCAGGUCAUUUGUCACAGAGCAAGCCGGUUAGUAAAUCACACAGUUCAAAUCUGGAGUUAACUCUUUAUUAGUGAAGCAUGAUCUUCCCACACUUGGCUGAGUUUGAGUCCUAAUGAGCACAGCAGCUCCUGCCCUGUAGGUCCUACUUCAUGAAAUCAGUUGCUCGGACUAAAAGUCCCCAACUCUCCACAGCCAUCUAUGUCUCCUCUUCAGGGCUUAUUGCAAGCAAUCAGAGACUGCGCCUUCAUGAAGCCUGUCUUUGCUCUUCUCAUUUCAUACCUCUCCUGGUCCUAGAAGUCAAUGGGGGAGGGGAGGUUGUCACAGCAGGAGGGCAAGAUACUCAUGACUCUUCACUAGCCUAACUCAUCUCUGCCUCUUGACCUCCCUCUUCCCAUUUAGCUGCUUCAGCUUCAGCUUCAGCUUCUGAUUCUUGACUUCUCUCUUCCACAAACUCCCCCCACUCACUGAGCCCUGUUACCCCUACAGCUUCUGACACCUCCUCUUCCUAGUCUUUCCCCUCUUCUCCCUGUGAGUACUCAUCAUUGACCCAUCACCACUCUCCAGGUUCUGAGCCUUCUGUCCUUGGUAGUUCCCCAGCCAGUUCCUCUGUGUUCAACCAGUCCAUGACAACAUGGCCUUGGAUAGCUCAGCUGGUUAGAAUGUGGUGCUGAGAAUGCCAGAGUUGCAGCUUAAAUCCCCACAAGGGACAGCUCCAUAUUCCUGUGUUGCAGGGGGGAGGGGGUCCCUUCCAACUCUACAAUUCUAUGAUUCUAUUAUCGUUGCUAUUACUAGAUUCUUUUAUUUCAGGACUACAGCUCCCAUCAUCACUGACCAUGUUGCCUGGUGCUGAUUUCUAUCUCUCGAAAUACUUUCCUACACUUCAUGUGUUUAAAGCACUUGACACUUCAGCUGGAAAAAAACCUGAAUGUAUUCAGGGCUGCAGGGCUGAGGUGGUAUGGUGUGGGGGACAAGAAAACUGAAAUCCCUAGCAAUUUUCAGGGGCUGCAUGGCAAAAUUUGCAGGUAUUCAAUAACUCACUGGCUUCAGAGAAAAUCCUCUUCUUGUGGUCAAAAGCUGGUGGCUACCAUUUUGCUCUCAAAGGCCCCCAAAGUGAUGCUCUGUGAUGAUGCAGGAUUUCCUUUAAGGCGGUUUCUAGGAAGAAAAAUGGUGGUCCAUACUAUUUUCCACUAUAUUUUCACCAGAAGUCCAUCUUAGCAUAUAGUGUCACUCUGAUGGCUCUGAUGGUCUAGUGGUUGCCAAGAGAGGAGCUCCCAUGGUGGCAAUCGGUUGGAUUCAUUGUCGUGCUGAGGUUAAGAUUCUGUCAGUGCAAUCAUUUCUUUUUGUGCUAUUAAACUUUCUCUCCCCCCCCCCCCAAUCUGUUUUGUAGUUCCCCCACCCAGCCUUCUGGAGCAAAUUGGGGGAUGAUGCAGGUUACAUGUUGUGGAGUGAACAGGGGAAGUCCUCUUGUGCAAGCGGAAAUAAUUGUGUGAGCACAAUUAUUUAGUUAAAUACUGUCCAGUGAGGAGAUGUCACCUCCCUCAAAAUCAGAAAAUGGGGUGGCAAAAUGGAUGAGCAUUUUGUCUUGUUGCCAGACUCCUCCCACUGGUGACCCCUUAUCUGCAUAGUCACACCCCUUCAUUUGCACGUCUACAGUCUGGGCACCUUUAAGUGUUGCAGUGCUGGAAUGUGAUCCUAGUGUGACAGAACUCAAAGAAAUGACUAUAUAAAUCUGAUAUUUUGGUUCAAAAUGGGUGUGAGGAAUCUCUGGCCCUCCAAAUGUUGUUGGAUUCCAGUUACCAUCAACCCUAGCUGGUGGUCAAGGGGGAUAGGAAUUGUUGCCCUCUAGAAGUCAUUAGAUUACAAGUUGUGGAGGACAUAUUCGCCUUUGACUGAACUUAACCAUCCAGGGGUCCUUUACCUUUUUACCUUAUACCACUGCUGACAGAGGAAUGAAAGUUUUAAGAGUAUAUAAUGCAAUUACUGCAAGGUUUGCUAGAGGCAGUGUAGCAUACAAUAGUUUGUUACCUGCUCUCCUUCUGACUUCCAUGGCAGUCAACAGAAUUCAAGUUCACUGCAAUCCUUCAAUGGAUAUUGACUACCUAAUACGUUAAUAUUAGUGAGGCUGAAAGAGUCAUAUGGUGCUGAAGAGUUGACAUAUUCCCCUGCGAUACUGAGAUAAUAUACUGUAUCUUUCAGUAAGUUGCCAUAAAUAUCAUUUGGUUGGGGGCAGAAGAAGAGAUUGAUUAAGCCAGCCAGGAGAAAAGGAGAAAUCAAUCUAUUUGGAAUUAAUUAUGUCAAAGCUUUAAGUGCUGUUUUUUCACCAAAAAAAAUACAGAGAAUGGACAGGUGAGCUAAUGAUUAUGAAGCACUCCAAAUAGAGUUGUGAACAAUUACUUGAGUAGACAUUGAACUUGGGAAUCCAUUUAGAUAUGAUUGAUUCCACCGUUGCAAUUGAACUGAUGAAUUGAUUCUAUAGUUGUUUUGGUCCUUGAGGUUCACUAAAGAUUAAAUACUAGAUAUAUAACAGCUGAAGGUAAGUAUCUGCUCUUUUCUUCAAUAACUCACUUUUAAAAUGGCAUCAAAUUCCCAUCAGCCACAGCACUGUGUAAAAUGCAUUGAUUUGUAAAGUGCAUGCAAUAGGUAAAGCCCAUCUGCUCUCUAGUGGUAGGAGCAUUGCAAAUACCUUGCCGGGUUCUUCUUCUUCAUGAUCUGUAACAUUAAUGCAUGGUUUGCUUCUGUUAUUUCAUGUCAUGGGACUUUCUCUGGACUGGGCCAACAUGUGAUUCUGGUAAGUUUUUUUUUCUUUAAUAGCAACAUGAAUAUGAAAACACAAGGCAAAAUAGAACUUUGUCGGUUGAGCACAUUUUCUCUGUUAGCUGAUACAUGGCAGAAGUCUUUUCAAUGACAUAACAGAGAAAGAGAAGAGUUAGCUGGGCAGCUGCUACAAUAUAGCUUUUAUUUUCUCAGAUAUAAUCUUUGUGAAUCUGUGUCAUGGCAGCAUAAGGGGAAAGAAGGGAAGAAUUGGUAUAAGGGAAGGCAUCAUGCAAGGUGUGGCUAUAGAGGAAGGUAGGUAGCCCUGUUUGGAUGGAGUCUGUCCUUAUUCACUAUGAGUGAUUACUUAAUCAUAAGUUUAUCAUCAGGACUCCAACUUCCAACCCUGAUCUGGACCCGGACACAGACAAGUCAGGCUGGAGUUACAGCACUGUGGACAGCUCCUGUUUGACACUUUGUUCUUACGUGGUCUGGAGCAAAGCUGUUCCUUCUAGGCUCUACCAUCUUCCUGAACAGCCUUAAUGGGAUAGCCCUACAGCCUGCAGCCUGCAUGGGUAAGCAUUCAGUCAGAAGCAUAAUGUUUCUAGUUUGGAUGGGGCCAGUCACUUAAUGGAAUCCAGAUAAGGGUGUGUGUGCUUACUCUGGGGAUCAUAGAGACCUCUGCCUGAGCCAGCUCAUGCUUGUUGCAGAGACCAAGAUAAAGAAAUAGCCCCUCUGUGGCUUGUGCUACUAGGCCUCCCGAUCUGCCUGGCUCCACUGCCUCUGGGUCAGAAUUCUCACUGCAACUUGAGGUUGGAAUUGUGGCAAAGUGCCUUCUGAAAGAAUGUUUCCUGUUGCAAAGUCUAGAGCUAUAUUAUCGCUCCUUUGACGUGAAAGUCUUCAUCCAAUGCUUUUCUUGCUCUCCAUCUUGAAUAGCAGUGAUCCGUACAGGGAUACCCAUUUAACUUAUGGGCGGCGAUCUCAUCUAGCAUAUUUGCAAAAUUUUGCCAUGUGGAAAAUUACCCAAUUUUGUCAUUUUGAAAGUCAGAUUGGGUUGUCGGGGCUGCGUCCUUGUACUGGAAACUUGGGUUCGUUUUAGAUGACAAAAAUUAUUGAACUGCAGCUUGGGGACUGAGCUGUGGCACACAUGAGGGAUCAUUAAAAUGGGAAACUGGCAGAGCUACUGCAUUUCUUAUCUCCAAGACCUCACUGGGAGGAAAACAACAUACCUCAGAUUAUUUUAUAGGGAGGAAACACACACUUUAACAUUGCUUCUUGGCAUUUUAUAGUACAAAUUCAGCAAUGGAAGAAUGGAAUAUCUUGAGAUGUUGUGCCAUCUCAUUGUCUGGAGGUUUACGGUGGGGAAAGUAACUUUUGAUGGGCAUGUAUGCUUCAAGAAUAGAUACUGCUGCCUUUUGGCAGAGGGUUAAAGGAGAUGAUCAAACAUUCUCUUCCAACUCUAAAGCUGGAUUAAUGUAUGUGCUGAAACCACCUCCCUGCAUUCAUUUGGGGAGUCUGUUGAUUAAGUCUUCUUGCUUCACCAUCUCAUGGUGAAUUAGAUACCAGUCAACUGCCAACGUUGGGUUUUAGGAGGCUAAAGUAGGAAAAGCCCCCUGAAAAAGCUCUGGUGUGCAUGAAGAAGGCCACACAACCCUUUGGAUUCCAUCUAGUCUGGCCAGUGCACAGCGCAGGCUGGGUCAUUUGUGCAAAUGGGGCACUGCCACCAACCUCCAUCUGUCCUCAAUGUUGCCCUUGCCCAGGGAACAGCAGGGAGACAAAACUCAUGAGUGUCCGCUUGUCAGUGACUGCCUCCUCCUCCUGUUGGUCUCCAUGCCAACCCGAAGGGCACCAGCCAUCACUGACAUUGAGCAAGGGCACUGUGAGGUUGGAAAGAGCCAAAGCUCUUGGGCUGCCGCAAGCCCCACAGCAAUACAUUUAAUGUCUGAACUGCAACACAUCUAAUACAGUGGUGCCCCACAAGACGAAAAACUCGCUAGACGAAAGAGUUUUUCGUUUUUUGAGGUGCUUCGCAAGGCGAAUUUCCCUAUGGGCUUGCUUCGCAAGACGAAAACGUCUUGCAAGUUUGUUUCCUUUUUCGUAAAACCGUUAAUACCCAGGGUGCAUUGCUUGAAGAGGUGCAGUUGCGACUUGACUUCGAGGAGCAACUCAUAGCACGAGGUGUGGUAGCCUUUUUUGAGGUUUUUGAAGACUUUGGUGAUUUUUGAAGCUUUCCCAAAACUUCUUUUGCAGCCAUUUGGUAAGUUAAACUUUUAAAACUUUUUUGGGGGGUUUUGGAUUUUGGGUUGGGGUGUUUGGAAUUCAAGGACUUGGUGUUGGGGAGGGGUUUGCAAGAAUCUGGAAGCUUGUGUGUUUUUUUUCUGCAUUAUUAUGAUUUUCUGUGACCAUUGGGCCACUCUGCUGUUUUUUUUAAAAAAAACUGAGGGUCAUUUGCCUGAAGUGGAAGGAUGUGCAGGCUUUUGCACAGCGGCACCACCCUGACAAGCACGUGGCACAUGACCUUGCGAACACUUUUGAUACGAGGGUCAUGUCGCCUUUCAGGGAGGUGUUGAAAAGGCGGAUGAAGCAGCAGACCAUGGACAGGUUCUUCAGCAAGAAGCAAAGAGUGGAAGAGGAACCUUCUUCGAGUUGUCCCCCAGAGUCUUAGAAAAUAUACUGUACACUUUGUUGAUUUUUAAAUGUUUUUCUGUCAUGUUUAGAAACUUAAUUUAUUGUUCCUUCAAUUUUUGAAAUGCUCUUUACAGUAUGUGUGACUUUAAAGAGCACUUAAUAAACUCUUGUUGUACCAAAUUUGGCUUUGUUUGGACUUUUUUUGACCAUAGGAACGUGUUAAUUGAAUUUCUAUGCAUUCCUAUGGGAUUUCGUGCUUCGCAAGACGAAAGAUUCGCUAGACGAAAAAACUCGCGGAACAAAUUAAUUUCGUCUUGCGAGGCACCACUGUAUGUGUUUUUAGGAGUUGGAGAAGGAGGACCAAGAGGCUCCAUGAUCAUGACAUCCUAGAAGCAGUGUGAAAGUGGUCAGGUUAGUGCCUCUCCCUACUAUUUAUUUUUUAAAUUAAUUUUAUUUAUUUUUAUUUAUUUAUUGAAUUUAUAUACCGCCCUAUACACAGGGGUCUCAGGGUGGUUCACAGAAUAAAAUCAAGAUAUAAAACCACAAAAUACAUAAUAAAAAUAAAAACAACAACCCAAUAGCCCCCCUCCCAAAAAAACCACAUUUUAAAAGGGCAUAGGAUAUCAAUCAGAUCAACCAAAGGCCUGGUUAAAAAGGAACGUUUUUGCCUGGUGCCUAAAGGUGUAUUAUGAAGGCGCCAAGCCAACUUUCAAGGGGAGAGUAUUCCACAGAUGGGGAGCCACUGCAGAGAAGGCUCGUUCGGGUAUUGUCACCCUCCGGACCUCUUGAGGAGGAGGCACAGGAAGGAGGGCCUCAGAAGAUGAUCUCAGGGUCUGGGUAGCUUCAUAUGGAAAGAGGCAGUCCUUGAGGUAUUGUGGUCCUGAGCCAUUUAAGGCUUUAUAGGUCAACACCAGCACUUUGAAUUGGAAACAAAUUGGUAAUCAGUGCAGUCGGACCAGGAUCAGUGUAAUAUCAAAGUGUCUUGCUCCCUGGUCACCAAAUUCUGUGCUAGCUGAAGUUUCUGAACCAUCAUCAGAGGUAGCCCUAUGUGUCACUAUGUGAUAAAAAAUAUAUCAGAGCCGUUUAGAGCAAUAAAACAUAAAAUGGUAUGAUAGAAAACAGAUGAAAGUUAAAAACAGACAUCAAAUAAUAAUUGUGGAAGCAGUGCUUUUUUCCAGGGGUACACAAGAGCACGCAGUACAGUCACCUUUUUUCUUCUAGAAGAAAAGCACACUCUGGAAGGUUGUAUUUUUAAUAGCCUGCAUAUGCCUGACAGAAUAGAAACAUUUUCCACAGGCAUUGCUAACAACAUGCAUUCAGCAGGCGGUUUAUAAUGCUUGCUGCAGCUUUUAAGCAAGAAACAACACAAAACGGCUGAUUAUGUUUGCAUCUCGGCUAUAAAACAAUGUCAUAAAGUCUUGGCACGGCCGUUACUUAUGAAAUGUUUCUACAAAAAUGUAGCAAACCCCAAGUUAUAAAUGUGUAAUUAAUAUUAGCUGGAGAUCAAUAACUUGAACCCAAGAGUGCAGAGAGAAAAUGGAAUAUCUUAUUGUAUUUCUAAUAGACACAACACCCCUUAUAAUUUCUAGGAAUGAAAUGAAGGUUAUAUGGACUGCAUACACCACAGUGGUCAACAAUUGUGUGUUUAUUGUACUAAAACAGAUUGUGCAGGAUGGCAAUCACUAUCAGACCCCUUUAAAAAGUGGCAUCCUUUAGUUAAACAUAUUUAGGGCUAAAUCACCCAAUCAGGUCCAGUGGUCUACCGGCUGCAACUGUUUGCCAGCCCACUAACAUGCACCAAGAUGCUAAUUUUGCUGCCAAUUGUACUUGCAAUUGUGGAUUAACUUUCAUGUUCUUUAUUUCUUUCGGUUCAGCAGGCACUGCUGUGCUAUGGUCACAUGA